GACAUUAAUUAGAAAAGACAAUUUACUGUAUGAGAGCUACAGGUUCACAAUAAAUUUUCAUAUCACAGGCUGAGGCCAUAAUACCCAGUUUGCUUGUUUCUCCUUCAUCAAAAAAAAGUUUGCUUGUUUCUCCGGGUGGCACAGAGGUUUUGACCAUUUUAGGCCUUAGAGGCUUAUAGCAAACAUUAGUGAUAGAUUGACGGAGAUAAAUGGCGGAGGCAGAAAUCGGAAACAGAGAAAGCAGAUGGUCACUUCAAGGAAUGACUGCUCUUGUUACUGGUGGCACCAAAGGAAUCGGGUAUGCUGUUGUUGAGGAAUUAGCAAGCCUAGGGGCUUCUGUACACACAUGUUCUCGAGAUGAGGCCCAACUCAAUGUAUGCUUACAUGAAUGGAAGACAAAGGGAUUUCGAGUCACUGGUUCAGUCUGCGAUGUAGCAUCACAAGCCCAACGAGAGGAGCUAAUCAGCACAGUUUCCUCCCUAUUUAAUGGCAAACUCAACAUCCUUAUAAACAACGUGGGAACCAACACGCCAAAACAAACCAUAGAGUACACAGUUGAAGAUUUCUCAUUUCUCAUGUGUACCAAUCUCGAAUCUGCUUAUCACAUGUGCCAACUUGCUUAUCCUCUUCUGAAAGCUUCAAGAGUAGGAAGCAUUGUUUUCGUUUCUUCCGUUGCUGGUGUAGUAGGCCUAACUCUUCCAGUAUCUAUUUAUGCUGCAGCUAAAGAAUUAUUUGUAGGAGGGUUGAAUCAACUAGCAAAAAAUUUGGCAUGUGAGUGGGCAAAGGAUAACAUAAGAAGUAACUCUAUUGCACCAUGGGUUAUCAAAACCCGCCUGGCUGAAACUUAUAUGAGCAAUGAAAAGUUUUUGGAGGCUGUUAACUGUCAAACCCCUCUUGGACGAGCUGGAGAGCCAAAGGAGGUUUCUUCCUUGGUGGCAUUCCUAUGCCUACCAGCAGCUUCAUACAUAACCGGUCAGACCAUUUGUGUUGACGGAGGGAUUACUGUGAAUGGCUUCUGCUUUCCCUGAGCAUACUUUGAAGCAGCAAAAACAAUGAUGGACACACCCCUACUGCAAUAUGUGAAAAUAAAUUAAUGUAAUAAUUCAUUGUAGAAACAAGAUUUAUUUGACCAAAAAUUAAAACCGAAAAACUCGAAAGUUAUCAUAUCUGAAAAAUAAAUGAAUGUCAUAAGUGGGAUUUUUGAAAA